ACUCGUCUUUCAUUUUAUUGUUCUUUUACUCUACAAGACAAAUAUAAAAUAGCGCAUUGGUCGGUGACGUCGCUCCGCAUCCCUCGCGCAACCGUCUCCGGCGAUGGCGACGGUACAAUCCGAUCUUCUCUCUGCUUAUCACAUCGCAUCCUCCACGUUCAGCUCCUUCUCCUCCAAUCUCAAGUUCCGGCGAACUGCCGCUGUUCCAGGUAAACUUCCCUUCCCGUCCUUCAAGUUGAGAGCAUUCUCCACUGGUGCUGCUGCUGUGAGAGUUCCUGAUAAGCCGUCGAUUUGUACGGCUGAUGAACUUCAUUAUGUCUCUGUUCCGAAUUCCGACUGGAGGCUUGCACUCUGGCGCUACCAUCCCUCCCCUCAGGCGCCUCCGAGGAAUCAUCCAAUGUUGUUAUUAUCCGGAGUCGGGACUAAUGCCAUUGGUUAUGAUCUCGCUCCUGAGUGUUCUUUUGCACGGUACAUGUCUGGCCAGGGGUAUGAUACAUGGAUUCUCGAAGUUCGAGGCGCAGGAUUGAGCUUGCAGGAACCAAAUUUGAAAGAAAUUGAACAUUCAGCCAAAGUUAAAUCUGAGAAAAUGGAAGCAGUCUCUGAGAGAAAAAUUAAUGGAACUUUAGAUGUGGCAGUAGAGUCCACAAAAGAUUUUAAUGAACUUGCAAAAUCAGAAAGUGGCAUCAAUGGGAAAGAAUCAGACUUUUCUAUUGUUGAAGAAGAAGAUUUCAUAGGAAUAACAACAAUUUGGGAUGAGUCGAGUUUGGUUUCAGAGUUAACAGAAACUUUUAUGCGUCUGUCAGAACGGUUAUCUGGCUUUCUAAGUGAAGGUCAAUCAAGGAUUAUGUCUGCUAAACUAUUUGAUCAAAUUUCAAAACUUUUAGUUAAUUCACAAUUAUCUGAACGUUUUAAUGAGGUGAGGGGAGGGCUUUCGAAUUUGUUGGAAACAGGACAGACCUCAGUCAUUGGUAGCCAGAUCAGGGAUUUGAGUCAAAGGCUUGUAGAGAUUAUUGAAGACGGUCAACGAUCUGUUUCACCUCCAUUGUUCAAUUUGCAAGAUCGGUUUUCUUCAACGAUUGAAGAUUUUCAGAAACAACUUGAUUUAAUUGUAAAGUAUGACUGGGACUUUGAUCAUCACCUGCUGGAGGAUAUACCUACUGCGAUUGAUUAUAUCAGAGCUAUAUGCAAGCCAAAGGAUGGUAAAUUGCUUGCUAUUGGGCACUCAAUGGGUGGUAUCUUGCUUUAUGCAAAACUUUCUCGUUAUGGUUUUGAAGGACGAGACCCCAGAUUGGCUGCUAUUGUUACUAUGGCGUCAUCCCUUGACUAUACUUCUUCAAAUUCAGCCCUGAAAUUGCUAUUGCCCCUUGCAGAUCCUGCACAGGCUCUUAAUGUUCCAGUUGUUCCAUUAGGAGCUCUACUAUCAGCUUCAUAUCCUCUUUCAUCGUGUCCUCCUUAUGCCUUGUCUUGGUUAAAUAAUCUUAUCUCGGCAGAAGAUAUGAUGCAUCCUGAAAUGUUAAAAAAACUCGUCUUGAACAACUUCUGUACCAUUCCCGCUAAACUCAUCAUACAACUUACUACUGCUUUUCGAGAGGAUGGUUUACGAGACAGAAGUAAUACCUUUUUUUACAAGGACCAUAUACAUAAAUGUAACAUACCAGUCUUAGCGCUGGCUGGAGAUCAGGAUCUAAUUUGUCCACCUGUAGCUGUAGAAGCAACUGCAAAACUUAUUCCUGAGCACCUGGUUACCUAUAAGUGUUUUGGAGAACCAGGAGGUCCACAUUAUGCUCAUUAUGAUUUAGUUGGGGGCCGGCUGGUAUUAUUUUCUUUCCCUUUCUUUUAUUCACCCUCAUGGACUUUGCUGUCGAUUCAAGUUUUCUAUUUGAUGUUGCCAUUAUUCACUUCCCCCAAAAUAUGCAGGCAGCCGAACAGGUGUACCCAUGUAUCAUCGAAUUUUUUAGCCAGCAUGAUGCAAUUUGAUUAUCCACUCAUCAAUAAAUUUUCUUCUUGCUUGAUUUGAUCAAAUGUAACACGUCCUUAUCCCGGUUUCGAGCCGAUGCUGGUUACCGUUCCUGCAUGUCUGGAGAUCAUAAAUUUUCUUGCAGAAUGGAUGUUGAAGAUUCUGCGUAAAUCUUGGUGCUGGAUUGAGGAUUAUGUGCAAAGAGGGUUUCGAAGAUUUUGAGGACUCUUUUUUCAUGCAAGGUUCAUUGACCGAGGCUGAAUCCAGGUCUCCUCCUUGUUCUGUUUUCGGUCAAGGUAAUCCUAAUGUACCAGUUCCGGAUCACACAAGAUAACACGUAGUAUAGAGCAUGAAUGUUUAUAGUUAUGUACAUAUAGAGAUUUGAAACCAGGAUAUUUAAAGACAACUGAAAAUAUAUUUAUUUUAUCAAGCAAGUGCAACACAUCUAGUAUGCUGUAAAGACUGAAUAGAGAACCAUAUUAUUCUUUUACUUAAUGUAUUAUAUCAUUUAUUGCUUAAAGAAC